AUGGCUACAAUAUAUGAUAAUGAUGAGCCGACACGUACUAAUCGUUUUUUGGAUAUUGCUGGAGAGCCUGGCACAAUGUUAAUGCCAAUCCAAGGAUAUGAGAAGGUGCCUCUGGUUUCACUCGAGAAAGCUGUUGAGCCACUCGUUCCAUUUGUGCCUGAAGUACAGCGAAUGGCAUAUGUGGCUAAAGAGAAAUGUCGUAAUCCUCCACCUAAUAAUCUCUCGAUAGAUCAGUCAGCUUCAAUUAUGCUUUACUCGAUGGAAUGGGAACCACAAAAUGAAUCUCUCUAUUUUGUUUUGAAUGCUACUCUUCGCGCUGAAGAUCGAAAAAAACUCAAACCAUGGUUCAUGUAUCUCAAACUCAUUCUAACUGCUUUUUCUCUUCUCCCACCAACUCGUCGUUUUGUCUAUCGUGGAGUUAAAUGUGAUAUGCGAAAAGGUUAUCCGAAAGACGCAACGAUUAUCUGGUGGGGAUUCAGUUCAUGCACAACGACAAUUGAUGUUUUGGAAAAUGAACAAUUUUUGGGUUCGACAGGCACGAGAACUUUAUUCAACAUCGAAUGUGAUAAUGGAAUUGGUAUUCGAGAACAUUCAUUUUUCAAAAGUGAAUAUGAGAUUCUACUUCCACCUGCUCGACAAUUCAAAGUUGUUUCAUGUUUAAGUCAAGGUGAAGAUCUUCACAUCAUUCAACUUAAAGAAAUUAAACCACUAUAUCCUCUUAUUGAGCCUGUAUCAAGAGAACAUAAAGAAUUACCGGCACCUAUCCCAGUCAAUCCUCCACCGAUACCUAAACCUAUUAUCAGAAUCGUCACUCCAUUACAUCAAAUCUUUUCACUCACUGUCAUUAUAACAUUCACUUUCGCUUCAAUUGCAGCAUCAUCAUCAUCAUCAUCGCCACAUAUUCCUCCCAAUGCCAAAUGGAUUCAAAAUGGCAUCACUGUAGCUGGGGGAAAUCGACAAGGCAAUGCAUUGAAUCAACUUUCUUACCCUUACGCUUUGUAUGUCUAUGACAAUCAAACUCUAUACAUUGUUGACUGGAACAAUCAUCGCAUUAUGGAGUGGAAGGAUGGUGCGACGAAUGGUCAAGUGGUGGCUGGUGGAAAUGGACGAGGGAACGGAACUAAUCAGUUGAAUCAACCAUCAGAUGUGAUUGUCGAUAGAGAAACAGAUACGCUCAUUAUCUGCGACAAAGAGAACAGACGAGUGGUACGAUGGCCUCGUAGAGAAGGUAAAAGUGGACAAACAAUCAUCAAUGAUGUCAAUGCCUAUGGACGAGGAAAUGAAAUAAAUGGAAUAGUGGUGGCAGGUGGUAAUGGAAGAGGUGAUCAUUAUAAUCAACUCAAUGUACCUCAUUACGUCUUCAUUGAUCAAGAUUAUUCAAUAUACGUGUCGGACUGCUGGAAUCAUCGUGUGAUGAAGUGGAUAAAAGAUGCGAAAGAAGGUAUUGUGGUCGCUGGUGGCCAUGGUGAAGGAAAUGCUCUGAAACAAUUAUGUAGUCCUCGAGGAGUGGUCGUCGAUCAAUUGGGUACUGUGUAUGUGGCUGACUCUGGGAAUCAUCGAAUAAUGCGUUGGCCUAAAGAAGCCAAAGAAGGAAGUAUAGUUGUUGGUGGAAAUGACGAAGGACAUCAAGCGAAUCAGCUCAACUAUCCCAGAGGUUUGUCAUUCGAUCGACAGGGUAAUUUAUAUGUCGUCGAUGAGAACAAUGGUCGAGUGCAAAAGUUCCAGAUCGAUGUGUCAUCAAGUUAA